AAUCGAGUGAAACUGGCCAAAAAAGCAAAUCUGUUAAUGGAUGGAUAUCACAUCUUCUACGCUACACCAUAUAGCAAACUUCCAUGCAAUUCUGCAACCCUAAUUGAAUUCCUUAAACCCUAAAGUUUAAAUAUUUUUCACAAAUCAUAAGGAGAGAGAGAGCGAGAGGGAGUGAGAGCGCACAGAUGGCAUCAAAGGGAAUGCUGGUUAUUGCCGCACCACCACCACAAUCAAGCAGAAAAUCCAGGGUAUGCCCUGCUACCACUUGCUCUUUUGAUUCCUUAUCGUCGUCGUCGUCUUCAUCUUCGUCUACAACUACUGAACCUGAAAGUUCCAGAAAAUUUACCUACAGCAGGGCCUCCCCAUCCGUGAGAUGGCCCCAUUUGAAAUUCACUGACGCCAACCAUCACCGUUCGCCCCCUUCUCACUUUACUGCCGUAUCUCCGCCCCCCGUACUUGUAGAUACCAUAGAUUUGGAGAUUAAAGAGGAAACGCGGAAUUUGGACGUCGAUGAUGAAACCCUAGAGGUAUUGGGUAGGCCUAGCAGGACCAGGGCCAAGAAAAUGACCAAAUUGGCACUGAAAAGGGCUAAAGAUUGGCGCCAGAGGGUCCAAUUAUUGACUGAUAGUAUUCUACAGUUGAAACCAGAGGAGUUUGUGGCUGAUGUCCUGGAUAAGAGGAUGGCGCAAAUGACUCCGACCGACUUCUGUUUUGUAGUGAAAUGGGUUGGGCAGUCGAGUUGGCAGCGGGCUUUGGAGGUCUACGAGUGGUUGAAUCUUCGGCAUUGGUACUCUCCCAAUGCCCGGAUGCUGGCCACGAUAUUGGCUGUGCUUGGCAAGGCCAAUCAAGAGGCCUUGGCUGUGGAAAUUUUUUCUAGGGCCGAGGCUGGGAUGGGUAACACUGUCCAAGUUUAUAAUGCAAUGAUGGGUGUUUAUGCUCGGAAUGGUCGGUUCAUCAAGGUUUGUGAACUGCUUGAUUUGAUGAGGGAGAGAGGGUGUGAGCCAGACCUUGUGAGUUUCAAUACUUUAAUAAACGCACGCUUGAAAUCGCAAUCAAUGGCACCGAACUUGGCAGUAGAACUUUUAAAUGAGGUGAGAAAAUCAGGUCUUCGACCCGAUAUAAUUACUUACAACACACUUAUCAGUGCUUGUUCCCGGGAAUAUAAUUUGGAGGAGGCAGUCAAGGUUUACAACGAUAUGGAGGCAAACAAAUGCCAACCCGAUUUAUGGACAUUUAAUGCCAUGAUUUCACUUUAUGGGAGAUGCGGAUUCUCUACCAAGGCUGAACAGUUUUUCACGGAGCUGAAGUCAAAAGGGUUUUUCCCAGAUGCAGUAACAUUUAAUUCUCUACUCUAUGCUUUUGCAAGAGAAGUGAAUGUCCCAAAGGUACAGGAAAUCUGUGAAGAAAUGGCACAAAUGGGUUUUAGAAAAGAUGAGAUGACUUAUAACACCAUCAUCCACAUGUAUGGGAAGCACGGUCAGCAUGAUUUAGCUUUGCAACUUUACAGAGACAUGAAAGCAUCAGGGCAAAAUCCUGAUGCAAUCACAUACACGAUCCUCAUUGAUUCACUUGGAAAAACAAGUAUGACAGCUGAGGCCGCUGAUGUGAUGUCAGAGAUGCUUGAUGCAGGUGUUAGACCCACUCUCCAUACUUAUAGUGCAUUAAUUUGUGGGUAUGCAAAGGCUGGAAAGCGAGUGGAGGCGGAAGCCACAUUUAAUUGCAUGCUCAGGUCUGGGAUUAAACCGGAUCAUCUAGCAUAUUCAGUUAUGUUGGAUGUCCACUUGAGAUCUAAUGAUUCCAAGAAGGCAUUGGUUUUGUAUCGUGAAAUGAAUUGCAACGGUUUCAAUCCAGAUCAAUCCCUUUAUGAGGCUUUGGUCCAAAUUCUCAGAAGAGAGAAUAAAGAGGAAGACCUUCAGAAAGUGGUUAAGGAUAUGGAAGAAUCAUGUGGUUUGGAUCCACAAAUAAUUUCAUCUAUUCUUGUUAAGGGGGAAUGCUAUGAUCAUGCAGCUAACCUGUUGAGAAAGGCCAUCAUGCAGGGUUAUGAUUUGGACCACGAGAACUUAUUGUCUAUUCUGAGUUCAUAUAGUUCAUCGGGAAGACACUUAGAAGCGCUCCAGUUGCUAAACUUUUUGAGAGAACGUGUACCUCAAUCCCAUCAAUUGAUAACUGAAGCUAUGGUAAUAAUUCAUUGUAAGGCUCAUCAACUGGAUGCUGCAUUAGAUGAAUAUAGAAAAAACAUAGGGUUAAGUACAUUUCAUGGGAGUCCUUCUAUGUACGAGUCCCUUAUUAAAUGCUGUGAGGAGGCUGAAUUAUUUGCUCAAGCUUCUCAGGUGUUCUCAGACAUGAGAUUUAAUGGAGUGGAACCUUCUCAGAAUCUCUCUGAAACUAUGAUGCUUAUGUAUUCUAGAAUGGGCUUCCCAGAAACGGCCCAUCAUUUGCUUGAUCAGGCAGAAGCGAAGGGCAUUGAAUUUGACAAUCUUUCUGUUUAUGUUCGGCUUAUUGACUCUUAUGGCAAGUUGAAGCUACUGCAUAAAGCAGAGAGUUUGGUGGGGAUUCUUAGGCAGAGAUCUAGUAUAGUUGAUCGUAAGGCUUGGAAUACACUAAUGCAGGCUUAUGCAGCAAGUGGUUGCUAUGAGAAAGCCAGAGCUGCUUUUAAUACAAUGAUGAGAGAUGGUCCUUCCCCAACUGUGGUUACCAUCAAUUGUCUGAUGCAAGCUUUGAUUGUUGACGGGAGAUUAAAUGAGCUUUAUGUGGUAAUUCAAGAGUUGCAAGAUAUGGGUUUUAAAAUUAGUAAGAGUUCCAUUCUUUUGAUACUUAAUGCAUUUGCCCGAGUUGGUAACAUAUUUGAGGUGAAGAAAAUAUAUAAUGGAAUGAAGGCUGCCGGUUAUUUUCCUUCCAUGCAUCUUUAUAGAGUUAUGAUUGAACUGUUCUCCAAAGGCAAGCGAGUAAGGGAUGUUGAAGCCAUGGUUUCUGAGAUGGAAGAUGCGGGAUUUAAGCCUGACCUUUCCAUAUGGAACUGUGUACUUAAGUUAUAUACAGAAAUUGAGGAUUUUAAGAAGACAGCGAGAGUAUACCAGCAGAUUCAAGAAGCUGAACUUAAGCCAGACAAGGAGACUUAUAAUACUUUGAUAUUGAUGUACUGUAGGGAUUGCAGGCCAGAUGAAGGUUUGCAGUUGAUGCAUGAAAUGAGAAGUCUUGGUCUGGACCCUAAGCUGGAUACAUACAAAAGCCUAAUUUCUGCAUUUGGCAAGCUGCAGAUGGUGGAACAAGCUGAUGGACUUUUUGAGAGGAUGCGAUCAGAAGGAUAUAAACUUGAUCGUUCUUUCUAUCAUAUAAUGAUGAAAACUUUUAGAAGCUCAGGAGAUCAUUCUAAAGCUGAAAGGGUACUUAUCAUGAUGAAGGAAGCAGGUGUGGAACCAACCAUUGCCACAAUGCAUUUACUGAUGAGCUCAUAUGGCAGCUCUGGGCAUCCAACUGAAGCUGAGAAAGUGCUUAAUAAUUUAAAAGUAACCGGUGCAGAUCUUGUCCUACCAUACAGUACAGUCAUUGAUGCUUAUCUCAAGAAUGGAGAUUAUAACAUUGGAAUUCUGAAACUCCAAGAGUUGAAGGGAGAAGGUCUGGAGCCAGACCACAAGAUUUGGACUUGCUUUAUCAGGGCUGCAAGUUUAUCUCAGAGCAAAAAUGAAGCUAUAGUUUUGCUCAAUGCUGUGAGAGAUGCUGGUUUUGAUCUUCCUCUCAGGCUUCUCAUGGAUAAAUCUGAGUCACUAAUCAUGGAGGUAGACCAGUAUCUUGAGCAACUGGAACCUAUGGAAAGCAAUGCAGCUUUGAAUUUUGUCAAUGCUUUGGAAGAUCUGCUGUGGGCAUUUGAACUCCGGGCCACAGCUUCAUGGGUUUUCCAAUUGGCAAUAAAGAGAAGUAUAUACCGCCAUGAUGUGUUCAGGGUAGCUGAUAAGGACUGGGGAGCUGAUUUUAGAAAGUUGUCUGGUGGUGCAGCUCUUGUUGGCCUUACUUUGUGGCUUGACCACAUGCAAGAUGCAUCCCUGGAGGGUUUCCCAGAAUCUCCGAAAUCUGUAGUGCUGAUUACAGGGACUUCAGAAUACAGCAGUGUUUCCUUGAACAGCACAUUGAAGGCAUACCUUUGGGAAAUGGGAUCGCCAUUUCUUCCCUGCAAAACAAGGAGUGGGCUUCUUGUUGCAAAAGCACACUCCCUUAGAAUGUGGUUAAAGGACUCGCCAUUUUGCUUGGACCUUGAGUUGAAAAACCGCGCCCACAUCCCCGACUUAAACUCAAUGCAGCUUGUUGAAGGAUGUUAUAUUAGACGUGGACUUGUUUCUGCUUUCAAGGACAUAACGGAGAGGCUUGGGGAAGUGAGACCAAAGAAAUUUGCAAGGCUGGCUUUGCUGCCAGAUCCCAAAAGAAACAAGGCUAUUCAAGCUGACAUAGACGGAAGGCAAGAGAAGUUUGCGAAGCUGGAAAAACAGGGGCUUGUAAGACACAAGAAGCUCAAGAAGUUCAGAAAGGCAAAAUUUAUUAGGAAGAGUAGGAUAUACGAGAAAUCAAGUCAGGAAGAAAAAGUUAACGGUGCCUAAUGAGUUGAUGAUCACCAACUUAUGCACUCUUGUUAUUGCCCUGUCUCCAUUAGAAUGCAGCUUGAAGUGAAACAGCUUCUUGAUGCUUGCAAGCGAGCUAUUGAUAACUACAUGUGUUGCAUCUGUUCGAUUUCAGCGGAAGAUGUCUCUCUGGCGUAACUGUUUCUCCUCACUGCGUGAUUGCUGUACCGGGUUUGCCUUGAGAUCUUUCUGUUAACUGUGUGGUAGUACCUCACGAAAAGGAUGACUGGCAAACUCAAACAUAUCUCCGACCUAGAAGGAUCACUUGCCUUCCAAAAUUGAUGGGUACUUGGGAAGCUGAUAUUGGUUGAUGUUGUAAGACCAAUGUCUAUCAGCUCAGAUGCAGUAAGGUGACUGCUAUGAACUCUGCAAUUUUUCUUUGGAUUUUUCCAUUCUCGUGAAGUAAAAUGCUGGUGGAGGUCUGAAGCAAGGCAUUGUAUGUUGAACUGCAGCUGAUUUGAUUUGCUUUCAGCUGGAUUGCUGGAGUUUCAUGGAGCCACUGCCAGCGCCAUAGAUUGCCAUAGAUGUCUUCUCUGCACAAGACAAGGAGACUGUUGGUCCAUAGCCCAUGCCUCACCAACUGCUUUGCUUUGUGGGACUGCUUGUUUGUGAGGUCUGAGGAGAAGGUUGCAUCCACAGUGUGGAUAGGGAUAAAAAAUUAUGCCUCUGCUAAUAGCUCAAGCUUUUGGCACUGUGGUAAGUGCUUAGUUUUGAAGGUUCCUGGUAGAGUCUAAGUGGUAUCAAAGCAGAUCAUAGGUUUGAAUCUCUUCUGGAGCAGUUCUGGGGGAGUGAGGGGGAUUUUGGUAAUCCAUAGCCUAUGGCCCAACGUAGUUUGGGGGGGAGAUUGUAGGUGCAUAGUUCAUGCCCCAACAACUGCUUUGUGGGACUGUCUAUUUGUGAGGUCUAAGGAGAAUGUUGCACUCAUACUGUGGAUAGAGAUAAAAGAGUUGCGUCUUUAUUAAUAACUUAAGUUUUUGACAUGAUGGUAAGCGCUUAGUCCUGAAAAUUCUUGAUCAGGUUUAAGAGAGAUUAUUUCUAUUGGAAAGAGGGAAUGUUUGAUGAUUAUUCUAUUGUAGAUCUGUGAAUAAUAAGUAGGCUGCUAACACGUGCCAUUGCAAA